UUUUUUUGUUGCCGUUGCUGCCUUUGUUUUGUUCACUUCACAAAAACAUUUGAACAGCAGCGUGGAAAGCGACUAUUUUCCAAGCACAUGAGACUUCUCACACCUCCCCCUUUCCUUCUGACGCAACGUGGUCUGCUGCAAAUGCCGAUUGUCUCACCUUAGAUGUCAUUUACUUCCCGCCUAUCUGUCCUCUUCUACCACAGAUACCAGAUCUGACACACACACACGUGGCUUCCCGUUGGUCCCGAAAGAGGCGGAGUUCACGUUCGCCAGCUGGUCACACGGCUUUGUCAUUUUACAACAUCCAGCGAGGCAAAAAAAAAAAAAAAAGGCAUUCCCUCUGCCAGCUGGCUAUGGAUGGCGUUCAAAUGGAUCAGUAACUUGAAAUAUCUUGUGAUCAACAUUCCACCGCUGGGUGGACGAAGCUGCGGCCAUGGUGCGGGAAUACCAGUCUCCCGUUCGGGUCUACAAACAUCCGUUUGAAUUGAUUAUAGCAGCGUACAACAAGAGAUUCCCAAAGUGCCCCUUGAUCCCAGUGUUUGUAGACAGCGAGAUCAUCAGUGAGAGCCAAAGCCAGGACGGCUCCACGCUGGUGAUCGAGAGGCGCUGCACGAUUGACAUCGAUGCACCUCGACUCCUCAAGCGGAUUGCAGGUGUAGACUACCUGUAUUUCAUCCAAAAGAACACUUUGAACCGCAGAGAGCGGACUCUCAUCAUUGAGGUGCAGAACGAAACGUUUUCCAACCGAGUCAUUUCCUGCGAGUGCUGCAAAUAUACGGUCCAUCCUGAGAACGAAGAGUGGACGUGUUUCGAACAGACAGCAAGCCUCGACGUUAAAUCCUUUUUCGGCUUUGAAGGCCUGGCAGAGAAGAUAGCAAUGAAGCAGUACGCUAAUAGCAUCGAAAAGGGGAAAGAAAUUAUCCAGUAUCACCUCACGGAGCUGGAAAAAGAGGGCAUAACGUACAUACCUCGGUGGGCUCAACCCUCUCCGGCGCAAGCCGUCCCUGGAAACAGAGUCCAAGAUGCACCGGCUGUCUAUGACAAGGACCACCCCGCAGAGAUAGCAACUGCGUCUCCCGAUGACAAACUGGAUGCUGAUUACAUCAGACGUUACCUUGGUGAUUUAACGCCUCUGCAGGAAAGCUGUCUUAUCCGACUGCGCCAGUGGCUCCAGGAAACCAACAAGGGCAAGUGUCCAAAGGAUCAGCAUGUGCUGCGCUUUCUGAUCGCCACCGACUUUAACUUUGACAAGGCUCGAGAGCUUCUCUGCCAAUCGCUGACCUGGAGGAAGCAACACCAAGUGGAUUUCCUGUUGGACUCGUGGCUGCGUCCUCAACUUCUCCAGGACUUUUAUAGCGGAGGCUGGCACCACAAUGACAGAGAUGGUCGGCCUCUGUAUGUAUUGCGGUUGGGUCACAUGGACACAAAGGGUUUGAUGCGCGCCUUGACAGAAGAGGUGCUGGUUCGACAGGUCGUUGCCGUCAACGAAGAGGGUCUGAGGCGCUGUGAGGAAAACACGGCGAUCUUUGGUCGACCAAUUUGGUGCUGGACUUGCCUGGUGGAUCUGGAGGGUCUGAACAUGCGUCAUCUGUGGAGACCAGGACUGAAGGCUCUCCUGAGAAUCAUUGAAGUCGUGGAGGCCAACUACCCCGAGACGCUGGGCCGCCUGUUCAUGCUGAAAGCACCCAGACUAUUUCCUGUGCUCUGGACCCUGGUCAGCCCUCUGAUCAAUGAAAACACCCGUAAGAAGUUCCUCGUUUACGCCGCAAAUGACUACAAAGGUCCGGGAGGUUUGGUGGACUACAUCGACCAGGCGUUUAUUCCCGACUUUCUUGGAGGGGACUGCAUGUGUGACAUCCCCGAGGGAGGUUUAGUGCCCAAGUCUUUGUACAGGACAGCAGAGGAGCUGGAGAUCGAAGACAACCGAUUAUUGACAGAAUCCAUCUAUAAAAGUGCCAGUAUUUUCAAAGGAGCUCCAUAUGAGAUUUUGAUCGAGAUCGUGGAAGCUUCCUCCGUCAUUACCUGGGACUUUGACGUGUCCAAAGGGGACGUGCUUUUCAGCAUCUACCAUUCCAAGAGGGCUCCUCGGCCGUCCAAAAAAGACACACUCGGAGCCCACGGUUUUACAUCCUUGGCCUCUGUCAAUCCGCAGCUCUUAGACAAGAGUUGGGUGCUGGGUCAGGACUACAGCCGUGUCGAGAAAGCCUUCACAUGCAGAGAGGGGGAGAGUGUACAGGGCUCUCACAUCACUCGUUGGCCUGGAUACUACAUCCUCCAGUGGUGCUUUCACAGCGCGCCGGCCGCCUCGGCCUCCAGCUUGUCUUAUGUGGAUGAUGUGCUGGCCUCUCUGCAGGUCUCCUCCCACAAGUGUAAAAUCAUGUACUAUAUCGAGGUGCUGGCUUCCCAAGACAUCAGGGGAUCCAUGACAAGUCUGGAGUCCAGCCAUAGUGGUUUCUCUCAGCUGAGUACAUCCACUACCCUUUCUAGCCAAUCGCACACCAGCUCGACUGUCUCAAGGUAGCGCCGGCUCGACAACGGACUCAAAGCCCAACUGACAUCCGGGUAACGCCGCUUGGGAAUUCUUGGAUCAUUCUUGCAGCGGAAGCUUUGCUGUGGUACUUUCAAAAGACAGUGGACACUGUAGUCAAUCUGUGUUGGAUUAAAAAAAAAAGGCAGUCAAGUGUCAUCGAUCACUGGACAGUAGUCAAUGCGCGUGAUGGGUCAAUAGAAGUCAUGUCGUGUCAAAGUGAUAUGGCAGCAGUUUGUCACUGAAUUUUCUUUGAUUGUCCACUAGAUGUCAGUGUACUCGUGCAGAAAAUGCUCGAGCCCCCAGUUCAUGUUUU